UGAUACAACGUGCCUAAAACGCGACCGUAGAACAAAAAAAAAGUGACGGAGCGGAAGAAGUAGCAGCGAAACAAUCAACAAAGGCGGCAAACAUGGCGAGAGGAAAAAGGAAAAAGGACCAGAAACCAGAAGAGGACACCACCGCAAUGGGAAUCCGGCAACGGAGGCGACAGUGCGUCGACCAGGUCGUGAGUGACCUUUGCCUGGGAGACUACGAGCAGGCUCUGUUCCGGAUCAACAAGGAUCUGGAAGACAAACGGGACCACGGGGAGAUUAUGGCUCUGCUGGAGCUGAAGAACAUCGUCGUAAGGUUGCGACUAAAGGGCGAGGCCCAGCGGACGAUCGGUCCAACUCGCCAGUCCGAUGCCCUGCCCAACGUAUUCACGCUCGAGAUGCUGGACGUGGUGCAGAAGGUGCUUCGGUGCCGCAACCACUACGAAGUGCUGCGCGUCUCGCACCACGCCACCUACUCGGAGGUGAAGCGGGCCUACCACAAGCUGGCCCUGCGCCUCCAUCCGGACAAGAACAGGUCGCCGGGAGCGGAGCAGGCCUUCCGUCGGAUCAGCGAGGCUGCAGACUGCCUUACGGAUUGCCAGAAGCGGAUCGAGUAUAACAUAGCGACGGCAGUGGAUCGCUCUGAGUACGAGGAUUACCCGGGUGGUAGUGGGUGCAAUGAGGAGGACCAGGCUGAUCUGGGGACUGAUCAUCGAAGGCCGUAUCAGGCGGCCAAUCAGCGGAUGCCCCAGCGUCAGUCACUCUACCAAACUGAGCAACUCGUAAUCGGAGUGGUGGCUGCUCUGGUUUUCCUGUUCAUCAUCAUGCACUAUAUAGCAGCCACACCUGCUUACAGUUUCACGCAAACCAGAACCCACAGUUUUCGUAGCGUCACUCAAUCGAAUCACAUAACCUACUAUAUCGAUCCAAAGAGUCUGGCGAAAUACACAGAACAGCAGUUAGUCAAUCUGGAAUCGGAAAUCGAGCAGGUUUUCAUCUCUGAUCUCAAGCAGAAGUGCAAGCAAGAGCGAACUUUGCGGGAAACAUUGCUGCUAAGGGCGAGGCAGGGAAACAAUCAAAAGCUGCUUCAACAUGCCAGCCAGAUGCCCACUCCGGCCUGCCAGGCGCUGCUCAAACUGGGAAAAUCUGGCAACAGUCCACUGCAACUGGAGAAUCGGUCUAUCCGAGAGCCUCAUUUAAAGCAGGAAUAGGUGUGAGGGUAUUUGUGUCAAGUUUUUUAUUGCUAGAAAUGGCUCUGUGUGGAAAUAAAACAAAAGUUUAUAAAAAUCUCAAA